ACAUAAAUUUAUCAAGAGACAAAUAAUACAUAAAAAUUAAUAGGAGGAAAGAGCCAAAGAGGACAUUUCAUGAAAUGUAUUUGUGUCGUGAAGUGAGCAAUUUGUGAUUAACGCGUGUUCCACCAUGUAUGACAUCCUGAUUCGGUUUACAGUAAAUCUGCUAGAAUAAAAACUAUUCGACGUUUCACAUAUUGUUUACAAUUUAGAGCGAAAAUUGCACAAUCGCUUAUUAAAAAAAGGGGGUCAUAAAUGUCGCUUUAGUGUAGCUUUACAUAUGCUGGAAUGCGUUUAUCUUAUCGCUUCCCACCCUUUCUUUUACAGGAUGUCACGACUGAUUAACAAUUCGGUCCCCCCAGGAUUUUUGUUUGUGAUAACUUAGUUGACGCGAGAAGAAAAUGAAAUUCGGGCUUAAAUUUUUAUUUUUAUUCUUUGCCUUCGUGCACGAUUCGCUCUGCCAGCCGCAGUUCGACCUGGACUGCUUGAGGUACUUCGACAAAGUGCUUGUCGGCUUUGUGCCGAAGGGCAACAAAGCGGCUGGCAAGUACACCAAAGCCGGCACGAUGUUGGACAUAAAGUCUUGCACUGAGCUAUGCUGCAAAGACAAGUCCUGCAAUGUCGUCUUCAUGUACAACACCACUUGCUUCAAGAUAGAAUGUGAAAAUGAUGAAUUAUGUCAACCUGUCAUGCGGCAGGAGUCGAAAUACGGAGAUCAUGUGAAAAUGGUCAUCGUUCGACCGGUUUCUGUUGAAUUCCAAGAAGACUUCUCAGAAAAUGGGGAAAAUGAAGAUAUGAUUGCCGUUGGCUCUGAGACUGAUUCUAUUAAGCAGUGCGACCUGAUGGAGCCAGAAACCUGCGGGAUCAAUGAACAUUGUGUUCCAUCACAAAUUGCCCAAACAAAUGUCUGUGAAUGCAAAGAUGGUUUUGAACGAAACAUGGAUACUAUCUGUGUUGCAUUAGUGAGAAAGAAUAUGACUGGUUUACCAAAUCUUCCGACAUCGGCUUCAGUCAAUUUGGAAAAUGUGCCCAAGCAUGUGGAAAGUAUUGAUGCAAAGGAAUCGACUCCUAAUCCACCUAAGAAAAUAAUGGUGACAGUAAUUUCUAAAAAAGUCCGUCUUCCUGAUAAUGAAGUCAAACUGUCAGCUUACCCAGUGCCAGCAGAGAACCCUGGUAAACCUUACACAUAUAAUUGGAAAUUACUCUCGCAUCCACAUGGCAGUGAAGGGACCGUGAGUGAAAACCAAGGCGCGACAUUAAAAUUGAGCCAAUUGACCGAAGGUCUGUACGUGUUUAAAGUCAGUGUCACAGGCACAGGAGCUUACGGGGAGACUGAGGCUAACGUUACCGUUUUACCACAGAAGCGAGAAAAUAAGCCUCCAGUGGCUAUAGUUCUUCCAGCACAUCAGAUAGUCAAGUUACCGAAUUCACGAGCAGUACUUGAUGCCAGUUCAAGUAAAGAUGACAACGGCAUCACUAAGUUCCAUUGGGAAUUACAGCAAGGGCCGUUGGGCUACCAGCCUAACCUUUCCGAUACACAGACUCUCCAAUUAAAAGAUUUACACAAGGCUGGCAAUUAUACUUUUAGGCUGACUCUUACGGAUACAGACGGUGCGACCAAUUCGACCUUGGCAAAUAUAACGGUAUUGCAAGUGCCUGAUUACCCACCUGAAGCUAAUGCCGGUCCUUCAGUCAUUCUAUACCUGCCUAAAAACAACGUUACACUCAAUGGCAAUCUUAGUUCUGAUGACAAAGGGAUUGUAUCGUGGGAAUGGACGAAAAGCUCAGGUGAACAAGACAACGCCGUUGAUAUGCAGAACACGCACACUCCGUAUCUUCAACUUUCACACUUAGGAGAAGGAAUGUACACUUUUACACUUAAGGUAACUGACGACUCGGGCCAGUCUUCGUCUAGUGAUGUAAGGGUGUUUGUAAAGCCUCCUACCAACAAACCUCCAAUAGCUCAUGCAGGUUCAAAUGCGACUAUUGCACUGCCACAAACAUGGACCAUACUUAAUGGAUCAGAAAGUACAGACGACAUAGGCAUUGAUCACUGGAAAUGGGAACAGAUAAGUGGACCUAGGAAAGCUGUGUUUUUAUCAUCAAAUUCAUCAGUAACAAAUGUGACAGGCUUAACAAAAGGCGACUACGUCUUUCAAUUGACUGUGAUUGAUGGCAAUGAAAAUUCAGUUUCAGACCGAGUCACUGUGUCCGUUACUCAAAACAAAAAUGUGCCACCGAAGGCUAAUGCAGGAGGGGACCAGACGCUCACAUUGCCAAUCGGAGUCUUAAUCGUAAAUGGAUCGCAGUCCUCCGAUGAUCUCGGUAUAGCAAAAUGGCAGUGGACGAGAGAAUUGACAAGCCUCGCCAUGGGAACAAUAAUUGACCAAUCUGAUACGACUCCUGUUCUUAUGGUUACAAAUGUUGUUGCCGGAAGAUAUGAGUUUCGCUUGAGAGUCACUGAUGACCAAGGAGAAUGGGCCGAGGAUACUGUUUCAAUUAUAAUAAAGCAAGAUCCUGAAAUUUUGAAUUUGAUCGAACUCACUUUAAACAUCGAAGCAAGCAAACUGACACAGACUCAACGAGAUUCCGUGCUUUUAAAGCUUGGCAUGUUGCUCCGUGACGCCUCUCAGCUUGUUGUCAGGGACUUAAAGCCAGAUACGAGUAAUCGAGCCAAACUAGUCUUUUACGUCUCAAGUCCAUCUGGCUCGGUGCCGGGGCCUCAAGUCGUUCACACUUUAAAGAACAAACUGGCACAGGAUUCUUUCCUUUUACAACUGUCCGUCGUCGAUAUUAGGACCACAGUCUGUCAAAAUAACUGUUCAGGGCAUGGUGUCUGCGAUCAAGAAACAAGAGUCUGCUUUUGUGAAUCAUUUUGGAUGCAAGACAUGGUUAGAAAAUAUCUGGGGGAUGGUGAAUCUAACUGUGGAUGGAGUAUAUUGUAUGUCGCUAUCGGUCUGUUGUGCCUGGCCCUCCUCACCAUAAGUGCCAUUUGGGGAGUAGUCUGCCUGUGUUUCAGGCUUUGCCAUACGUCUCCCAAAGACAAAACAAGAUACGCUCUCUUAGAAAGUACUGAACAAAUAAGAAAUCCCUUGGGGAAAGUAGUGAUUUCGGACAGUGACACAGAUUCAGACGUUCUCUUCGAAAACAACAGAAACAGCAAAUCCAACGGCACAAAGGUCUCUAGAAAUGGAUACAAACCAGAUCGCAGGGUUAAAGUAAUUUAAUGAGAUCAAUUUAUAAAGUAUUUGUAUUGGUGAUCUAUAAUAAAUGGAUAAAAUAUAUCGUUUUUAAGGUAACAA